CUGGGGAAGCCCGGGCGCUGGGGGUAGAAUGGGGAUGGAGGGAAAUUUAUCGCAAUAUUUCCCAUCGCCAGCGGAAGCAGGGGGGUCUGCUAAACUGGCCCCCUUUCCCCUGGGACGCCCAGCCACCCCACCCUCCGCACGCCCUCCUGCUGCUAGCUCUGAGGGCGUGGGACCCCCGGGCAAGCAGACACCCCCUGCCUGUCUCCACGGUGGGCCCGGGCAUGCCCCUCGCCCUCCCCCACUGCCCCUGUCUGCCCAUAAUCGCUCCGGUUGGCUUGAGGUGGGAGGAGGCGGCAUGGAGGCGGGUGAAUUUGCCAGUGGAUAUUGUGGAAGUGUUACCCAGCGCUUCCCGAGAUCUUUGUCCCUCAGUGUCCCCCAUGCUGCCUCAGUCUCCCCAGAGGUCUGUCUCGAGGGGAGGGCUGUCUCCUGGUUGUCCCCUCCCCGCUCUGUUCUGAUGCCUCCUCCUCUGGGACCUCUGGCAGUUUCUGUUCCUGAAACUCUUUAAUUUCUCUCCUCCCUCCCCCCUUCACUCUGGUCCAGGGUGUUAUUACUGGGAACAUAAAGCCAGCUCUGUUGCAGCUUUUUGGUGGGAAGGUUUUCCCACGGGCUCCCCUGGUUGGGGGUUGGGGGAUUGAGGCUUUAGAACUGACUUUGGAAUGAAGCAGGAAACCAACCCCAGGAUCCAGACCAUGUGUAGCUAGGUAGGGUUCAAGUUGAAGUCUUGGGGGUUGGGCAGGAAGGGGGACUCUGCUGCCCCUGGCCUUGCCUGAGAGAUCUUGGUUGAUGGAGCUGUUGUCAUGGGAAUGGAGAGAGCCCGAACAGGAAGAGGGUACAGCUUUGUGCAGGUCACAUGCCCACUGCAGCCCUCCAGCCUCUGGUCCCCAGAGCGGACUUUGGAAGCUGAACUGCUUUUGUUGCUGGAAGACUUAUGUUAUAAUUUACCCUGGGUGGACCAGGGGCGUACAAAAGGGCAACGCUCCCCAGUCCCCCCACCCCCGACCCCGGAAUCAUGCAUCGGACUACACGGAUCAAAAUCACAGAGCUGAACCCCCACCUCAUGUGUGCCCUCUGCGGGGGGUACUUCAUCGACGCCACCACUAUCGUGGAGUGCCUGCAUUCCUUCUGCAAAACCUGCAUCGUGCGCUACCUGGAGACCAACAAAUACUGCCCCAUGUGUGACGUGCAGGUCCAUAAAACCCGGCCGCUGCUGAGCAUCAGGUCUGACAAAACACUUCAAGACAUUGUCUACAAAUUGGUCCCUGGGCUUUUUAAAGAUGAGAUGAAACGGCGGCGGGAUUUCUAUGCAGCGUACCCCCUGACGGAGGUCCCCAACGGCUCCAACGAGGACCGCGGCGAGGUCUUGGAGCAGGAGAAGGGGGCUCUGAGUGAUGAUGAGAUUGUCAGCCUCUCCAUCGAAUUCUACGAAGGUGCCAGGGACCGGGACGAGAAGAAGGGCCCCCUGGAGAAUGGGGAUGGGGACAAAGAGAAAACAGGGGUGCGCUUCCUGCGAUGCCCAGCAGCCAUGACCGUCAUGCAUCUCGCCAAGUUUCUCCGCAACAAGAUGGAUGUGCCCAGCAAGUACAAGGUGGAGGUUCUGUACGAGGACGAGCCACUGAAGGAAUACUACACCCUCAUGGACAUCGCCUACAUCUACCCCUGGCGGCGGAACGGGCCUCUCCCCCUCAAGUACCGUGUCCAGCCAGCCUGCAAGCGGCUCACCCUAGCCACGGUGCCCACCCCCUCCGAGGGCACCAACACCAGCGGGGCGUCCGAGUGUGAGUCAGUCAGCGACAAGGCUCCCAGCCCUGCCACCCUGCCAGCCACCUCCUCCUCCCUGCCCAGCCCAGCCACCCCAUCCCAUGGCUCUCCCAGUUCCCAUGGGCCUCCAGCCACCCACCCUACCUCCCCCACUCCCCCUUCGACAGCCAGUGGGGCCACCACAGCUGCCAACGGGGGUAGCUCGAACUGCCUGCAGACACCAUCCUCCACCAGCAGGGGGCGCAAGAUGACUGUCAACGGCGCUCCCGUGCCCCCCUUAACUUGAGGCCAGGGACCCUCUCCCUUCUUCCAGCCAAGCCUCUCCACUCCUUCCACUUUUUCUGGGCCCUUUUUUCCACCUCUUCUACUUUCCCCAGCUCUUCCCACCUUGGGGGUGGGGGGCGGGUUUUAUAAAUAAAUCUAUAUAUAUAUGUACAUAGGAAAAACCAAAUAUACAUACUUAUUUUCUAUGGACCAACCAGAUUAAUUUAAAUGCCACAGGAAACAAACUUUAUGUGUGUGUGUAUGUGUGGAAAAUGGUGUUCAUUUUGGGGGGGGGGUCUUGUGUAAUUUGCUGUUUUUGGGGGUGCCUGGAGAUGAACUGGAUGGGCCACUGGAGUCUCAAUAAAGCUCUGCACCGUCCUCGCUGUUUCCCAAGGCAGGUGGUGUGUUGGGGGCCCCUUCAGACCCAAAGCUUUAGGCAUGAUUCCAACUGGCUGCAUAUAGGAGUCAGUUAGAAUUGUUUCUUUCUCUCCCCGUUUCUCUCCCCAUCUUGGCUGCUGUCCUGCCUCUGACCAGUGGCCACCCCCCGCAUUGUUGAAUGUCCAGAAAUUGCUAAGAACAGUGCCUUUUACAAAUGCAGUUUAUCCCUGGUUCUGAGGAGCAAGUGCAGGGUGGAGGUGGCACCUGCAUCACCUCCUCCUCUUGCAGUGGAAACUUUGUGCAAAGAAUAGAUAGUUCUGACUCUUUUUUUUUUUUUUUUCCUGUGUGUGUGGCCUUUGCAUCAUUUAUCUUGUGGAAAGGAAGAUUCAGACCCUGAGAGGUCUCAGCCCUUGGAGGAGGGCUAAGGCUUUAGCAUUGUGAAGCGCUGCACCCCCACCGACCUUACCCUCACUGGGGAACCCUCACUAGCAGGACUGGUGGUGGAGUCUCACCUGGGGCCUAGAGUGGAAGUGGGGGUGGGUUAACCUCACACAAGCACAGACCCCAGACUUUGCCAAAGGCAAACAGCCUUCCAAUUGCCCCUCCACCCCCAGCUGAGGCCCGGUCACCUGGUCAGGACAGAGCAACUGCAUCUAAAAGCACAAGAAGACAGAAACCUGUAAGCUCUGACCCCACCCCCACCCCUUGAGAGGUCAGCGGACCACCUCCUUAGGGACAGACCCUGGCAGGUCGCUGCCCACCGAGAUUUCCUCAAGUGUGCAUAGAUCUGAGAGGAGUUGGGAGUCGAGACUCGAGAUUCCAUCAUAGCCUAGGUGUGUGGGGUUGGGAGCCCCCUGAUGGGCUUGUCUGUGUUUGCACCUUGUCCUGUGUCUGAGGUCCUGUGACUGUACCCUCCUUUGCCCUGGGACAUCUGUAUCUCUUGGCUUUGUAAUAAAUGCUGCAUACUUUC